AUGCCUCUUCAAUUAUUUGGCAGAGAUCAAAUUGUAGUACAUUAUGAAAACAAUAACAUGACUGGCGACGAUUCACAUAGCCAAGGUGUUCCAAGGUUGUGGGCGAGGAGAUUUGCGACCGCACUCAGAACCCUGAUGAAUAGGCGAAUACAGCAUGUUACACUUACACAUUGGUCUUUGUUAGUUGUAUGGGUUACGGGUCUGUGGAAAUUUACUAGUCAUUAUAGACAGUUGUAUUCUAGAUCAGCCAUUUUGGCGACUGUUUGCACAAAUAUUCUUUUAUUUGGCAUAUCCGAUAUAUUGGCUCAAAGUAUAGCUUGCUUUUACUCGUACCGUGUAGAUCCUAUACCGCAGGUACUCAAUGACACCUUUCUCCAUGUUCAAGGCAGCCCUGAUAUAGAAAAUGGUGUGGGUUACGAGAGCGAUGAACUUUCCAUCUUCAACGAUUUUACCUCUGAACAUAGCUCCUACUCAGAUAACGAUGACUAUCCUGAAGUUGCUACAUCGCAAGGUACUUUCAAGACAGACACCUUUGACUUAUUUAGGUGGUGCAGUUUCAUGUUCUGGGGUUUUUUCAUAUCAUUUUUCCAAGCUCCUUGGUAUAAGUUCUUGAAUUUUUUUUACACUGAAGAUCCCACAGUGGUACAGGUCUUUGAAAGAGUUCUUUCCGACCAGCUGCUUUAUUCGCCAGUAUCUCUUUACUAUUUUUUUAUGUUCUCAAACUACGUAAUGGAAGGAGGCGAUAAAUUUACCUUUAGCAAGAAAAUUCAAAGGCUGUACAUUUCGACACUUGGUUGCAAUUACCUGGUAUGGCCGUUGGUACAAUUUAUAAAUUUCCUGGUCAUGCCCAGAGACUUUCAAGCUCCGUUUAGCUCCUCUGUUGGUGUAGUAUGGAAUUGCUUUCUUUCGAUGAGAAACGCCUCUAAAUAG